UUGGAGUUGUAAACGAAGCGUGUGCACUUUUCAGCACCAAUACCUCGUGGAUAGCAGCCAAACGAAGCCGAGAGGGUAGUCGUUGUGGGUUAGCUUAGUUUAUUGUCAUAAACCCGACGACUUUGCGGUUUGCAGCGCCGUAUAACCGCCGCGAUCACGAGAAAACUUUAUUGAUAGUUUUGAGUCGACAAGAGGACGAUAUAAAGCAGAACCGCCUGAGCUUUGUCUGCCCCGGUGGGCAAAUUGUGCCGAGACGUGUAUCUCUUGACAGGCAAGUUUCUGUGGGUAGAAAUACCUUAAUUUUUUGGCCCGCCUGUGUCGAAUUGGCGCGGUCUGGGUUCGUCUAACUGCGCCCUGGGAGGACUAAAUGGCUGCAAAUGAAGGCAAACAAAGGUGAUAAAGAAGAUUAUUCAUCCUAGCCGGUUCGGCCCAAACAGCGGUUGAGUCGUGGUCCUGUUUUUAGCCACAUCACAGCCUGCUCGCACCGCUAGCCGCCGAGGUCUCCAUUGUGUGAGCAUCUCUGUGCUAUUCCGCUGCCGCCCGACCCCCGGAUCCCGCGCUACCACCGCACACCUGCCGCCUCCCACAGCUACAACUGUGUGUUUUCUGCCGGAUUUUUUGUAACUUUAUUGAAUCCACGCAUCCGAAAUGUGUUCUCGGGUUUGGUUCGUGACCGACCGGCGUAUCAGCCAGGAGUACCCCCAAGUUCAGAUCCUCCGGGCACUGAAGGAGCGCUGCGCCGACGAGGAUGUUGAAUUCCGCUCUCUUCUCAUGGAUCAAAUCGUGCUUACGAUCAGCGAGGGACAACUAGGUCUGCGAGUGGAGCAGGAAUUGGUGACAUCUUAUCCACAAGUGGUGGUGGUGCGGGUGCCCACACCUUGGGUGCAGUCAGAUAGUGACAUCACUGUGCUGCGCCACCUGGAGAAGAUGGGCUGCCGGCUUAUCAACCGGCCCCAGGCUAUACUCAACUGUGUCAACAAAUUCUGGACCUUUCAGGAGCUGGCCGGCCAUGGGGUGCCUCUUCCUGACACCUUCUCCUACGGAGGACACGACAACUUCCGUAAGAUGAUUGAUGAGGCAGAGCCACUGGGCUACCCAGUGGUGGUGAAGAAUGCACGCGGCCACAGAGGCAAGGCUGUGUUCCUGGCACGGGACAAACACCACCUGACAGACCUGUGCCACUUGAUCCGCCAUGAUACCCCCUACCUGUUUCAGGAGUAUGUCAAGGAGUCGCACGGUCGUGAUGUGCGGGUGGUCCUGGUGGGCGGCCGUGUCAUUGGCUCCAUGCUUCGCUGCUCCACUGAUGGUCGCAUGCAGAGCAACUGCUCCCUGGGUGGUGUAGGUAUGAUGUGCCCACUGAGCGAGCAGGGCAAGCAGCUGGCCAUAGAGGUGUCUAACAUCCUGGGCAUGGAUGUGUGUGGUAUUGACCUCCUGCAGCUCAAUGACGGUUCAUUUGUGGUCUGCGAGGCCAAUGCCAAUGUGGGCUUCAUUGCUUUCGACCAGGCCUGUGGCAUGGAUGUGGCAGGCAUUGUUGCCGACUACGCCCUGUCGAUGCUCCCCAGCCGCCUCACCCGGAAGAUGUCCUUGCUGUCCGUCGUGUCAAGUACCAGCGAGACCAGCAGUGAGCCUGAGGUGUGCCCUGUGCCCGCUGGCAGCGGCUCGCUGCCUGAGGCCGUCUGCAACAUGAGCGUUGGUUCUACUUCCAGUGAGAGUGACCCGGAGCUAGCCGAGCCCUCCCAGUCCUCGCCCCGCCAGUCCACAGCCCCCACCUUGCCCGAUCUCCCUGACCUCCCCGAUCCUGCCUACAACUUCAACACCCUCCUCGCCAACGAGAUCAAGUUAUUGACUGAGUGAGAUUCAAGCGGCU